UCGGGUUUAACUACCUUAUCGCGUCCAUUUAUCUGCAUUAAAGGAUCGAUUAGUCAGUGAAACAGGUAUUUCGGUCAGAUGAUGAUGGGCGUGCUUUGCAGGAAUGCGCCGCCCGCCCCCUCCCUUGUUUGCUCUUUGAUGGCAACGGCUUCAUUGCAAUCAAUGGGUAGGGGGAGGCCAACGGUGGGGGACACAGGCUGAGCAUCGGGUCUCAGCGGUCAAACGCCUUUAUAUAUGACCCCAACCCCCUACGUAUGGCGUUGCUAAGAGACUUCACAAAGACUUCUCCAAUACAGCCCUUUACUGCGGGGCUUUACAAUACGGACGAAAAACUCUGGACACCUUCCCGGGUCAAGAGUUCCCCCCCCCGCUUCUUUCCACAUUUCUACGCAAAAGACCUGAUGUGCCGGUGGAGGCUGCUUUCAGCUGGAGGCGGAGAGUGAUCUGGAUACAAAAUAAGGAGCUUCUCAUUUCCUUCAAUAUUUUCUUUCUCCUGAAUGGAUAUUUAGCUAUUAGACUGUACAUCAGUAAAGCGUGUGCGAUCCAUGUGGAGUCCAUCCAGCUAUCUGGGACCGAGGUUCACGUUUCCGUGCCAGAAGGUAUCUGCUCCUGAAGGACAAUAAUCGGAGAGAAAAUAUAAGACAAUUAUUUGAGUAAAUCCACCCUUGGCGUUUCUCAAUGGCAGGACGCGGAGGAGAUUAUUUCUACAAGCUGAUCGGCAUCUUCUGAGACGCGUUCUGCUUGGAGGAUUAUAAAUACAUCAGUAGUAGUCUGGAUUUCUUCAUUUGGUUUCUCAAAGGACCAAAGGGUUCAUCUGGACGUGAAAUGUGAUGCGCGGGACUCUUAAGGCGUUUCAGCACAGUGAGGAAGACUUAAAGCAGACUGACAGCGGGACCAGUGUGUGAUCAGCGUGUCUGCACCACGUGUGUGGGGCUGCUCAGGCCCGACCGGGACGGCUCCCUCUGGUGGCGAACCUUCAGCGGGAGGGGGAACCAUGUGGACUGCACAGCUGCUCUUCCUCAUCGCCCUCUUCACACCUGUCUCUCUGGCCUUCAUCCGUGCCCCCAUCCCCAUGGCGGUGGUGCGCAGGGAGCUGUCUUGCGAGAGCUACCCGAUCGAGUUGCGCUGCCCAGGCACCGACGUCAUCAUGAUCGAGAGUGCCAACUACGGGAGGACGGACGACAAAAUCUGCGACGCCGACCCCGCCCAGAUGGAGAACACGCGCUGCUACCUGCCUGAUGCCUACAAGAUCAUGUCUCAGAGGUGCAACAAUCGGACGCAGUGUGCAGUGGUGGCAGGACCGGAUGUGUUUCCCGACCCAUGUCCCGGAACAUAUAAGUACCUGGAGGUUCAGUACGAGUGUGUCCCAUACAAAGUGGAACAAAAAGUUUUCCUGUGUCCAGGCUUGCUGAGGGGAGUGUACCAGAGUGAACACCUCUUCGAGUCGGACCACCAGUCGGGCGCCUGGUGUAAGGAUCCCCUCCAAGCUUCGGAUAAGAUCUACUACAUGCCAUGGACACCCUACCGGACGGACACGCUGACGGAGUACUCGUCCAAGGAGGACUUCAUCGCGGGCCGGCCCACCACCACGUACAAGCUGCCCCACCGCGUGGACGGAACGGGCUUCGUGGUGUACGACGGAGCGCUGUUCUUCAACAAGGAGCGCACACGCAACAUCGUCAAGUUCGACCUGCGCACACGCAUCAAGAGCGGCGAGGCCAUCAUCGCCAGCGCCAACUACCACGACACCUCACCCUACCGCUGGGGCGGCAAGUCUGACAUUGACUUGGCUGUGGAUGAGAACGGCCUGUGGGUCAUUUACGCCACGGAGCAGAACAAUGGAAAGAUAGUGGUCAGCCAGCUGAACCCCUACACGCUGCGGGUCGAGGGGACGUGGGACACGGCCUAUGACAAGCGCUCUGCCUCCAACGCCUUUAUGAUCUGCGGCAUCCUCUAUGUCAUCAAGUCCGUUUAUGAGGAUGAUGACAAUGAAGCCACGGGGAACAAGAUCGACUACAUCUACAACACCGAGCUCAGCAGAGAUAGUUACCUCGACAUACCUUUUCCCAACUCUUACCAGUACAUUGCUGCCGUUGAUUACAAUCCCAGAGACAACCUGCUUUAUGUAUGGAACAACUAUCAUGUGGUGAAAUAUUCUCUGGAUUUUGGAGUACUGGAUCAAAGACCAGAAUCCUCGGCGUUCGUCCCGGUCGCCGUGGACACAACCACUGCCAAGACAACUGCCAGGUUGGCAACGGUCGCCCUCUCUACCACCACAAGGGUCACUGACACAUCCACCACCAACCCACGGACCCGGAGUACCACCACACAGCGGCCAGCAGAGGGCAUCGUCCCAGAGGUCACCACCCGGCCCGCUCCCUCGUCCCAGCUACCCAACAUUGCCUUUGACUACUGCCACCCGCUGGAGGAGGCAGGAAUUUCCUGGCCCAAGACACACCGGGGACAGGUUGCUAGGCAGCUAUGUCCUGCAGGAACAAUAGGGACGGCCACCUACCUGUGCACCGAUGCAUACUGGGACAUGCAGGGUCCGGACCUCAGCAACUGCACCUCCCCUUGGGUCAACAUCAUCACCCAGAAGCUACGCUCGGGCGAGCCGGCCUCCAUGGUGACCCGCGAGCUCUCGGAGCAAACCAAGGGGCCGCUGCACACCGGCGACGUGCUGUACACCGUCCGCGCCCUGGGCCAGCUGGUGGACCUGCUGGAUGUGCAGCUGCGCAAUCUCACCCCCGGGGGCAAGGACAGCGCCGCCCGCAGCCUGAACAAGCUGCAGAAGAGGGAGCGCUCUUGCCGCUUUUAUGUCCAGGCGAUGGUGGAGACGGUGAACAACUUGCUGCAGGCACACGCCCAGGCGGCAUGGAAACGCCUGUCACCCGGGGAGCAGCAGCGCGCUGCCACCAUGCUGCUGGACACUGUGGAGCAAGGAGCCUUCGUGCUGGCUGACAACCUGCUGAAGACUGACGUGGUGCAGGAGAACACCGAGAACAUCCAGCUGGAAGUGGCUAGACUGAGCACGGACGGGAACCUGCAGGACCUGAAGUUUCCCCAGGUCGGGGGGCAUGGAAACUCCAUCCAGCUGUCCGGGAACACGCUGAAACAGCACGGGAGAAACGGAGAGAUCAGGAUGGCCUUUGUCCUCUACAAACACCUCGGUGCCUACUUGUCUACGGAGAAUGCCAGCAUGAAGCUGGGCAGUGAGGCCAUGGCCACCAACUACACUGUCAUCGUCAAUUCCCCGGUCAUCACGGCCACCAUCAGCAAGGAGAGCAGUAAGGUGUACCUAUCGGAGCCCGUCGUCUUCACCAUCCGCCACCUGCAGCAAUCAGAGGAGAACUUCAACCCAAACUGUUCCUUCUGGAGCUACUCGAAGCGCUCCAUGACGGGGUUUUGGUCGACGCAGGACUGCCGUCUGCUGGGCACGAACCGCACUCACACCACGUGCUCCUGCACCCACCUGACCAACUUUGCGGUGCUGAUGGCCCAUGUGGACGUCAAGACCGCUGACCCCAUCCACGACCUGCUGCUGGACGUCAUCACCUGGGUGGGCAUUCUGCUGUCCCUGGUCUGCCUGCUGCUCUGCAUCUUCACCUUCUGCUUCUUCCGUGGCCUACAAAGUGACCGCAACACCAUCCACAAGAACCUGUGCCUCAGCCUUUUCGUCGCCGAAUCCCUCUUCUUGGUGGGGAUAAACCGUGCGGACCAGCCGAUCGCCUGUGCCGUCUUUGCCGCCCUGCUGCAUUUCUUCUUCCUGGCGGCCUUCACCUGGAUGCUGCUGGAGGGCGUUCAGCUCUACAUCAUGCUGGUGGAGGUGUUCGAGAGCGAGCACUCUCGCCGCAAGUACUUCUACCUGGUGGGCUACGGUGUGCCCGCCAUCAUUGUGGCUGCGUCCGCCGCCGUCGACUACCGGAGCUACGGCACAGACAGAGUGUGCUGGCUUCGGCUCGACACCUACUUCAUCUGGAGCUUUAUCGGUCCGGCGACCCUCAUAAUUAUGCUGAACGUGAUCUUCCUCGGGAUAGCGCUUUACAAGAUGUUCCAUCACACGGCCAUCCUUAAGCCAGACUCCGGAUGCUUGGACAACGUCAAGUCAUGGGUCAUAGGGGCCAUUGCACUCCUCUGCCUCCUGGGACUGACCUGGGCAUUCGGGCUCAUGUACAUCAACGAGAGCACCAUUGUCAUGGCCUACCUUUUCACCAUAUUCAAUUCACUGCAGGGGAUGUUUAUCUUCAUAUUCCAUUGUGUGUUGCAGAAGAAGGUACGUAAGGAGUAUGGCAGGUGCCUCCGUACCCAUUGCUGCAGCGGAAAGAGUGUGGAGACCUCCAUUGGCUCAGCUAAGAGCUCAGUUGCCCGUACACCGGGUCGGUACUCCACAAGCUCCCAGGUGAGAGGUUCCCACACACCUGGCCGCUACUCUACAGGCUCCCAGAGCCGGAUCCGUCGGAUGUGGAACGACACCGUCAGGAAGCAGUCUGAGUCGUCCUUCAUCACAGGCGACAUCAAUAGCUCAGCAUCUCUGAACAGAGGGAUGGAGUCUGGAUCACCACGACUGUGCUUGGAUACCCGCUUAAGGGGUGGAUUAUUGACCAGAACCAUGGCUAACCAUCUUAUAACCAAUGCUCUGCUUCGACCCCACGGCACUAACAAUCCCUAUAACACAUUGCUUGGGGAAUCGGCAGUCUAUAACAACCCGUCUGUGAGCAUGUACAACGCACAAGACCCCUACAGAGAGACAAAGGGGAUCCUGAACAAUGCCAGGGAUACAAGUGUUAUGGAUACUCUACCACUGAAUGGUAACCACGGCAACAGCUAUAGCAUGGCCAGCGGGGACUACAUGAGUGACUGCGUCCAGAUUAUAGACCGUGGCUACAACCACAAAGAGACCACUCUGGAGAAGAAGAUCCUGAAAGAGCUCGCCUCCAACUACAUCCCAUCCUAUCUGAACAACCACGAGCGAUCCACCGAGCAGAGCCGCAACCUCAUGAACAAGCUGGUCAACAAUGUCGGUAAUGCCAAUGCCAACGGCAGCAGUAAGGGCGACGGCAUCGUGCUGGAUGACGUCUCCUCGUUCGGCCAUGAGGAGGCGCUCGGCCUGGGUCUGGAGCUCAUCCGGGAGGAAUCGGAUGCCCCACUGCUGCCGCAGCGCGGCCUGCCUGCCGAGACCCACCCCCCGCCUCACCCCUUCAGCCGACGACGGGUCCCGCAGGAGAACAGCGAAAGCUUCUUCCCGCUGCUCACCAACGAGGAGGCCCCGUCGCCACAUCGGGACUCCCUGUACACCAGCAUGCCCACACUGGCCGGCGCUGUGGAUGACAGUGGUGACACGGAGUCAGGAGGUGUGGUCGACGACGGCGAUUCUUCUGUGGCCAAAGGCACCGGCGAAGCUGACGAUGUGUACUAUAAGAGCAUGCCCAACCUGGGCUCCCGAAACCACAUACACCAGCUGCACACAUACUACCAACUAGGCCGGGGCAGCAGUGACGGCUUCAUCGUCCCCCCCAACAAGGAAGACUCGUCUCCCGAGGAGCCGGCCGAGGAGCCCUCCCACCUGGUCACUAGCUUAUAGACAGCCGCCUCACCUCCUCUGUGGCUCCCUGCCCCGAUCUGUCCGCCGUCAGCAGUCGUAGGCAUCUUUGUUCCCCCGUGUCUCUGUGGGAAAUGUGACAUACUCAUCUCGAUACCUACUGAAAAAAGGAAAGAGAAAGACCAAGUGGGACGGCCUGAUAGGUCGGUGCGUGUCUCUGUGGUGGUGAGGUCAACAUGACCUGAACGCUCUGGGUCUGUGUGGUCUUUCCCCCAUCAUGCUUUUUUUUUGACAUCCCAAAGGAAUUACAAAACAAAAGGAUAAAAAAAAAAAAACAAAAAAAACAAAA